GCAACAGGAGCCUUGCAAAUUAUGGCUUCGUGUUGCAAAGGCUGGUCGGCGAGGGCGCGGUCGGCGUCACGGACCACAUGACGGACGCGAAUAACAAACUGGUGAAGAUCCUCAUAUCCUUCGAGGCUCGCUACAUCCCGCCGCCCGGAGGAGGAAGGGAAGGGCGCAGACGCAGGCACAGUGCAGCUAGAGUCGAGGAUAUCGUCUUCGCAGGAGGAGAAGAAGCAGAAGGAAGCCUAGGAGGAGAAGGAGGAGGUAUAGAAGGAGGAAGAGGACUAGAGAGAGGAAGAGGAGGUGGAGGAGGAGGUAUAGAAGGAGGUAGAGGAGGACCGGAGAGAGGAAGAGGAGGAGGAGGAGGAGGAGGAGGAGUAGGAGUACUAGACAGAGGUGGAGGAGGACUUUUCUGGGAUGGAGACGUGAGCGACGUUCAAGAAGGAGGAGGAUACGGAAGCGGGCUGGAGGAUGACAAGCAGAUGCUCCUCGAUGUGGAACAAAACAUCGCCAACCUCGAGAGGAACAUCAGCAUGCAAGAGAAACACUCGGGAAUGAUGAGAGGAAGAAAGAGCAAAGAGAACUCGCCGGAGAUGCAGAAGAAGAGCCGAGGCUUCGCGGGCAUGAAGGCCGUCCGCUCGCUGGUGCGCCUCGGCCGCCAGCGGUCCCGCAGCGCCGGGGCGGACGACGAGGAGCGCUGCGGACUCAAGGACGCGGACCACAACGACGCCCACGCCCGCGACCUCAGCCGCCCGCCCUCCGCCUGCUCCACCAUCUCCGACAACGAGUCCACCUGCUCCCUCUCCACCAACGUCAAGGCCAAGAGACACAAAUCCGAGACCGUGAACUCCACUCCCGCCGAACUCAAAGCUCAGGACUUCCAGGUGUGCAUAACAAUAAUCGAAGCACGACAACUGGCCGGCCUCAACAUGGACCCUGUGGUGUGUGUGCAGGUUGGAGACCAGAAGAAAUACACGUCUGUGAAGGAGUCGACAAACUGCCCUUACUACAAUGAGUAUUUCGUGUUCGACUUCCACAUGGCCCCGGCUAUGCUUUUCGACAAGAUAAUUACGUUAACGGUCUUGCAGUGCCGGAACAUCCUCCGGUCCAACAAGGUCCUUGGGAGUUUUAAGCUGGACGUCGCAACCGUGUGGUCUCAGCCAGAGCACCAAUUCUACCACAAAUGGGCGUUGCUCACCGACCCAGACGACAUCACGGGCGGACCGAAGGGCUACCUCAAGUGUGACAUCUGCGUGGUGGGCAAAGGGGACGCGAUAAAGGCCCCCUUGAGGAAUGAUAAAGACGAGGACGACAUUGAAGGAAACCUCCUGCUGCCCGACGGAGUGCCAGCAGAGCGGCAGAGGGCCAAGUUCAUCGUCCGCAUCUAUCGCGCCGACGGACUCCCCAAGAUUAAUUCCUCGAUCAUGGCCAACGUCAAGAAGGCUUUCACGGGCGACUCGAAGGACCUGAUCGACCCCUACGUCCAGGUCUCCUUCGCGGGGCUCUCGGGCCGCACGAGCGUGAAGAAGAACACAGCCAGCCCGACGUGGAAUGAACAAAUCGUGUUCACCGAGAUGUUCCCUCCGCUGUGCCAGAGAGUGAAGAUCCAGCUGAGAGAUAACGACGCUGUCAAUGACACGGUUAUCGGAACGCAUUUCCUCGAUCUCACGACGAUUUCGAACGACGGAGAUAAGGGCUUCCUCCCGACCUUCGGCCCCGCCUACGUGUACAUGUACGGCUCCACCCGCGACGGCUCCGUCAUGGACGAGAACUCCGCCCUCAACGCCGGCUUGGGGGAGGGCAUCGCGUACCGGGGGCGCGUCCUUAUCUCCGUCCGUUGCCAGAUCACGGACCAGCUGGACGUCGCGCCCUCGGAGGUCGAGGUCGAGAAUACGCUGCCCAUUCAGGAGACAAAUAAUAAUAAUUCCCAUUUUCUGCCCGAUGUUUCCUUUUCUCUGGUGUGCGACAAACCGCUCUCCUUCGAACUGUCGCUGGGCAAUGCGGGCAAUUCCCUGGACGGCUGCUCGACCACGAGACCUUCCAGCGAAGAGGAGAGCGACGGAGAAUCGGGGAGAGGGUCUCCCCCCCCGAAAGUGGUGGCCGAUGGAGGAAGGAGGAGGGAAAAAAAAAGUGCCGAGCGCCGCCUGAAGGAGGCGCUGGAGGAGAUGGUCUCGGGAUGCGGGCAGUACCUGAGCAUCGCCAGGGCGUCGUCUGCGGCGUCUACAGGAGGAAGGACCAAGCUGGACAAAGAGAGGAUGAGGCUCUGCCAGAGGGAGAUCGACCACCUCGGCAGCCGCGCGGCUCGACACACGAAGGCGCUGGUCACGAGACACAGCCUCCGAGAUCGCUUAAAAAGAAAGGCGCACUACAAACCCUCUCAGGCCCGCCAGCAAAGAAGCCGUCCCCCGACUGUUCGCGUGUGGAGAUCAGCGCGGCAAGCGGUGCACUAUCCAGGCAAUCCUAGUCCCCCCAUACCCCCUGCCAGGCAUCUCAUCUCUCCGCCGUGGAAGUUGGAGCGAGGGAAGUCCUCUGCGCUGCCCGGGCGCAAGUCGAGCGGGCCGGGAGGAUGGGCCAUCCAAGCCAAGCUGCAGAUCUACAUUUGGCUGGGCAUGAUGAAGCACAAGAAGCACUUCCUGCCCGGCAUACCCAAGGGCUACGAGACGCCCUACGAGCUGCGCAAUAUCGAGAGGACCAUGACGCUGCCGCCCAUCACGCUGCACUACACGCAGAAACAGAUCUUCCAGCUGCGCGCGCACAUGUACCAGGCCAGGUCACUCAUCGCCUCCGACAAUUCGGGGCUCUCUGACCCCUUCGCGCGGGUCAUCGUCGGAGAGCACUGUCGAGAGACUCAGGUGAUCGACGAGACACUGAGCCCGACGUGGGACGAGAUGCUGGUCCUCGACGACAUCCUCGUCUACGGGACCAGGGAGGAGAUGAAAGCCCAGCCUCCGCUCAUCGUGGUCGAGAUUUUCGAUCAGGACAAAGUGGGCAAGUCGGAGUUCAUCGGGCGGGGGGCGGCACGACCACCAAACAAGAACCCCCCUCCGCAGGUGCUGUUCUGGGGCCUUCGAGACCUGAAGCGCAUCCACCUGCUGACGGUGGACCGGCCGCGCGUGGACGUGGAGGUGGCCGGACACAUCAUCCAGUCGGCCGUGAUCACGUCGGCGCGCAGGAACCCCAACUUCACGAACCCCGUCAAGUACAUCGAUUUGGAACUCCCGGAGCAAGAGCUGUACUGCCCUCCGAUCACCAUCCGGGUCGUGGACUGUCGGAGCUUCGGAAGGUUCACUCUGGUCGGGACGCACAUCAUCUCGAACCUGCACCGCUACACGUGGACGCCGACGACGAGGAGGGAGAAGGAGGCGGCGAGGAAUGCGUCGCUGGUGCAGCUGCAAGGAGACGACCCGAACGGCGUGGGGAACAACAACGCUCUGGUCCCCAACAACGUCCACGGCGGAGGAGGCGGCGGCGGAGGCGGGAGCGUGGCCUACAGAGGGAACCACGAGCGAAGUCCACUCCUGCAGAAGGACACGAUCAUCACCAUCGACUAUGUGCGUGGAUCUGGCGCCGUGUCCAAGCUCGUGGGCGUGACGAAGAAGGAGAAAGCAGAAGCGAACAGAAGACGAAAGCAGAGUUUAGACGUAGAGGAGGAGGAAGAGGAGAACAGGGACUGGUGGACGAAAUACUUCGCGUCGCUGGAGGCUGUGGCCAUUGUAGGUGUUGCGAGUUGUUAUGUUGUGGUUGAAAGAACAACGUCUUUGUUCACUGCCCGGCGGGUGAAGUUUGGAGAUGUACUUGCGUUACAGUCUUACGUUACUUAUGCGAGCGGUAGAGAUCUCGGCUCCCUCAAGCUGUACCGGUGGCCCCUUCCGAAGGACAUAGAGGACACGACGAUCACGGGCGGCGACCCUCAGUAUGGGUUCUUCCAGGGCCUUCCCUCCAACGACCCCAUCCACGUGCUGGUGCGAGUGUACGUGGUCCGCGCGUGUGACCUUCAUCCCAUGGACCUUAAUGGGAAGGCUGACCCUUACAUCCUGAUCUACCUCGGGGGCAAGAAAGUGUCGGACAAAGAGAACUACAUUUCGAAGCAGCUGAAUCCCGUCUUUGGCAAGUGCUUCGAGAUCGAGGCCACCUUCCCUCAGGACUCGAUGCUGACGGUGCAGGUGCUCGACUGGGAUCUCGUGGGCUCCGACGACAUGAUCGGGGAGACGAAAAUCGACCUCGAGAACCGGUUCUACUCCCGACAUCGAGCGACGUGCGGACUCGCCUCCAGAUACGAGACGACGGGCUACAACCAGUGGCGAGACCCGAUGAAGCCGACGCAGAUCCUGGGGCGCCUCUGCAAGGAAGGCCGCCUCGACGGGCCUCACUACGGGCCGGGGAAGGUGCGGAUCGGCCCCAAGACCUUCACGCUGCAGGCUGACGACGAGCACGACCCCGGCAGGUUCCGGAUGAUCGCGAGCGAGGAGCAGCUGGCACUCGCUGUCCUGCACCGCUGGGAGGAAGUGCCCAAGGUGGGGUGCCGCCUGGUGCCGGAGCACAUCGAGACGAGGCCCUUGUACAACCCCGACAAGCCGGGCAUUGAGCAGGGCAAGAUCGAGAUGUGGGUGGACAUGUUCCCGAUGGACAUGCCCUUGCCCGGCCCGCCCCUCGACGUCACGCCCAGGAAGCCCAAGAGCUACGAACUGCGCGUCAUCAUCUGGAACACGGACGACGUCGUUCUCGAGGAUGACGCUUUCUUCACCGGGGAGAAGAUGUCGGAUAUUUACGUCAAGGGGUGGCUCAAGGGCCCCGAGGACACCCAGUGCACCGACAUCCACUACCGGUCGUUAACAGGCGAAGGCAAUUUCAACUGGAGGUUCGUCUACCCCUUUGAGUACCUUGUGGCCGAGGAGAAGAUCGUCAUCAGUCGCAAGGAGUCGCUGUUUUCGUGGGAUGAGACGGAGUGCAAGAUUCCGGCGAGGCUGGAGCUGCAGGUAUGGGACGCCGACCACUUCUCCGCCGACGACUUCCUGGGCGCCAUCACCCUCGACCUGAACCGGUUUCCCCGCGGCGCCAAGAACUCCAAGCUGUGCACCCUGGACAUGCUCAAGACGGACGGGUCGGUCCCCAUGGUUAACAUCUUCAAGCAGAGGAGAGUGAAGGGCUGGUGGCCCUUCUACAUCAAGAAGGAGAACGAGGAGAUGGAGCUCACGGGGAAGGUCGAAGCCGAGAUUCACCUGCUGACGAAGGACGAGGCGGAGAAGAACCCGGCGGGACUCGGGCGCAACGAGCCGGAUCCUCUGGAGAAGCCCAACCGCCCCGACGCCUCGUUCAUGUGGUUCCUCAACCCUCUGAAGAGCAUCAGAUACAUAAUUUGGCACAACUACAAGUGGGCCAUCAUCAAGAUCCUCGUUUUCUUUGCUCUGACCAUUUUCUUCGUCCUUUUCUUUUACUCCGUUCCUGGCUUCACGGUCAAGAAGAUUCUGGGAGCGUAAAGAAAACGGAGAUUCUGGGAGCCUAAAGAAAACGGAGAUUUUUGGAGCAUGAAGAAAACGGAGAUUCUGGGAGCGUAAAGAAAACAGAGAUUCUGGGAGCCUAAAGAAAAUGGAGAUUCUGGGAGCUUAAAGAAAACGGAAAUUCUGGGAGCCUUAAGAAAACGGAGAUUCUUGGAGCUUAAAGAAAACGGAAAUUCUGGGAGCCUAAAGAAAACGGAGAUUCUGGGAGCAUGAAGAAAACGGAGUUUCUGGGAGCCUAAAGAAAACGGAGAUUCUGGGAGCUUAAAGAAAACGGAGAUUCUGGGAGCUUAAAGAAGACGGAGAUUCUGGGAGCUUAAAGAAAACGGAGAUUCUGGGAGCCUAAAGAAAAUGGAGAUUCUGGGAGCUUAAAGAAAACGGAGAUUCUGGGAGCCUAAAGAAAACGGAGAUUCUGGGAGCCUAAAGAAAACGGAGAUUCU